CACCCUCGGAUACUCUCGAACUUCCGCCAACUUGAUCUCUGUUCUCUGUAUCCUCGUCUGAAACUGUAGAAUGGGGAAGAGACACAGAUCGAAAGAAUCUAUACGUAUUCCGUUUCCUUCUGGGACAUUACUGUUUCAAGAUACACUCUUUUUACUAGUAAAGUCUUGACUCUUUUAUCUCCUUCGUCUUUCUGAUAAAGUGAUCAACAUGGAACUUUUCAAGAGAAUCCAUGGCUGCUGAUAGGGGUACUAUUUGCCUCGAGAUGUACCAUUUUAAAAAUGAAAGAUGUGGUCUUAUUUAGACUUCGUAGACUCUCAAGUAAUUUUAAACUCGAGAGAAUUGAUUCCUUUUAUUAAUGGAGUUUUUUUCUUUGUGAUCUCGAGAAGACUUUCGGCAUAGUUCUCAAAGUCAUCUCAGAUCUAAUUGCUUCAACUAUGAGCAACUUACGAAUUUCGCCCAAUCGAUGGCAGUUCGAUUCUUGCAGGGAAGAUGACGAGAGCUAUUUUGGUCAUCUUAAAUCUAUUGCUCAUAUCAUACCCCUGGGAGUAAGGACAAAAACUGCACUUAUCCAAAAUGCUUACGGUCGAUGCUUAUAUGCAUUGGACCUGAAAAAGGAAAAGGAAGAAGAAGUUGAAGAAGUAGUGGAAGAUGUAGACGAAUUAGAAGAGGAGGAGGAGGAGGAGGAAGAAGAAGAAGAUGAUGACGAUGAAGCGAGAAAGUUACUAAUAAGAAAGAUCAGAACACAGGCACAAGUGACACGAGCUGCAUUUCUUUUUCGAGAAGCUGCGCUAAGUAUCAAGGUUUCCAGCGGUGACUUUGGAAUUCGACAAGAUCAACUUGUUACAAUGACAGGAAAUAAUGACUUUGCUACCUUAGAAGAGCAUGGUGGUGUUGGUGGACUAUCAAUUAAGUUAAAGACAGAUCUGGAGAAGGGCAUCAAUGGAGACGAUGCCGAUUUACAACAUCGGAUGCAAGCAUUUGGUUCCAACACAUGUCCUUGUAAACUCCCCCAAAGCUUUCUGAUGUCCCUCUGGGAAGCCUUGCAGAACCUAACCAUUAUCAUCUUGAUUAUCGCUGCAAUAGCAUCCUUAGCUUUGGGGAUAAAGUCAGAGGGUAUCAAAGAAGGGUGGUAUGAUGGGUGCAGCAUUGCCUUUGCAGUUUUUCUUGUUAUCGUUGUUACAGGCACCAGUGAUUACCAACAUUCUCUUCAGUUUCACAAUUUGAAUGUCAAGAAGCAAAAUAUACGUAUGGAGGUCAUGAGAGUUGGUAAAAGAGUUGAGGUUUCAAUAUUUGAUCUUGUUGUUGGUGAUGUUGUUCCUCUAAAAACUGGUGAUCAGGUCCCUGCAGAUGGAGUUCUGAUUUCUGGCCACUCUCUUUCCGUUGAUGAGUCUUGUACGACUGGUGAAAGCAAGAUUGUAAAGAAAGACAGCAAGCGUCCAUUUUUGAUGUCUGGAUGUCAAGUCGCUGAUGGUUACGGCACUAUGCUGGUAACUGUGGUCGGAAAAAACACUGUGAGGGGAUUGGAGAUGGAUAGUAUACUGGAGGAUGCUGGUGAACAAACUCCCUUGCAGGUACAGUUGAAUAGUCUGGCAACUUUUGUUGGCAUAGUUGGGCUUGCAGUUGCUCUUUUGGUGUUGCUUGUUCCUUUGAUCAGAUACUUUGCUGGUCUGGCAAAAAAUCCAGAUAAAUCUAUUCAAUUCAUCAAAAAAAAGACAAGUGCUGGUGAUGCGGUAGAGGAAGUUAUUAAAAUUGUCAUUGUUGCGGUCACCAUUGUGGUUGUUGCAGUGCCUGAAGGUCUUCCCUUAGCAGUUAGCACAACCGCUGCUUAUUCAAUGUGGAAGAUGAUGUCAGACAAGGCUCUGGUGCGGAGGCUUUCUGCCUGUGAAACAAUGGGCACCGUAACAACCAUUUGCACCAAGACAGGCACAUUGACCUUGAAUCAGAUGGCUGUGGUUGACGCUUAUAUUGGUGGGCAGAAGGUAAGUUCAACUAACGACCGUGCUCUUUUAUCAGCCACUGCAGAAUCUCUAAUUAAAGAAGGUGUUGCACUGAACACUGCUGGGAGUGUCUUUACAUCUGAGGGUGGCGAGGUUGAGAUUUCUGGGUCUCCAACGGAGAAGGCCCUGCUUUUGUGGGGCGUCAAGCUUGGAAUGAAUUUCGAUGAGCUAAGAUCACAAUGCAAACUCCUUCGUGUAUUUCCGUUCGAUUCAGAGAUAAAGCGGGGUGGUAUCGCUUUGCAACUGCCUGACUCUCAAGUUCAUAUUCAUUGGAAAGGUGCUGCCGAAAUAGUUUUAGGCUCAUGCACAGAAUACCUCGAUGUGGGCGGUGCGUGCAAAAAAAUGGAUAAUAGUAUGGCAACAUAUUUCAAGAGCGCUAUUUCAGACAUGGCUGCAGGUAGCUUGCGAUGUGUUGCUGUUGCCUACAGAUCAUUUGAGAUAGAUAAAGUUCCAAUGGAUGAAGACAGUCUGGCUGAGUGGGUUAUUCCCGAAGAUGAACUUGUUCUGUUGGCCAUUGUUGGGAUAGAGGAUUCUUGCCGGCCAGGAAUUAAAGAAGCUGUAAAGCUAUGCACUAGGGCUGGUGUUAAGGUACGCAUGGUUACUGGGUACAAUCUUCAGACUGCAACUGCAAUAGCUUUGGAGUGUGGCAUACUUGGUUCUGUAGCUGAUGCUAAGGAGCCAAAUAUCAUAGAAGGAGCAGCUUUCCGUACGUUGUCUGAAUCUGAAAGAGGCAUAGUUGCUGGAGAAAUUUCGGUAAUGGGAAGCUCUUAUCCUAAUGACAAACUUUUGCUUGUGAAAGCGUUGCAGAGAGGAGGUCAUGUUGUUGCUGUGACUGGGGAUGUGUCCAAUGAUGCUCCUGCACUGAAAGAGGCUGAUAUAGGGCUUGCAAUGGGAAUCCAAGGUACUGAAUUAGCAAAAGAAAGCUCGGACAUCAUUAUAUUGGAUGAUAAUUUUGCUUCAAUUGUAAAGGUUCUCCGCCGGGGUCGAUCUGUAUAUGCAAACGUGCAAAAGUUCAUUCUGUUCCAACUCACAGUUAAUGUUGGGGCAAUCAUUAUUAAUUUUGUGGCUGCUACUUCCUCGGGAAAUGUUCCUUUAAACACAGUCCAGCUCCUUUGGGUUAAUCUCAUCAUGGACACUUUUGGAGCACUUGCAUUGGCAACUGAACCACCUACGGAUCAUCUGAUGGACAGAACUCCAAUUGGUCGAAAGGAAACGCUCAUUACGAAUAUCAUGUGGAGGAACUUUGCUGUACAGGUUAUAUAUCAAGUUACUGUGCUCCUCAUUCUCAACUUCAAGGGUUUGAGUAUUCUGCAUUUAGGGAAUAACAAACAUGAUAUCACAGAGAAGAAUACUUUGAUCUUUAAUGCGUUCGUCUUUUGUCAGUUAUUCAAUGUAUUCAAUGCCCGCAAGCCAGAUAAGUUGAACAUUUUGUGUGGAGUGAGCAAAAACCGCCGCUUGUUGGUCAUCGUAGCAGUCACUCUUGUACUUCAGGUCGUUAUCAUCAUUUUUCUUGGAAAGUUUACUGGGACUGUUAGGCUCAGUUGGCAGCUAUGGCUUACUUCUAUUAUUAUCGGUUUUAUCAGUUGGCCUCUAGCAGUUGUUGGGAAAUUUAUUCCAGUUGGGCAAAAUCCUCUCACCAAGUACUCUUCAACAAUAUGUCUGCUCAUCCUUAUAAUAGUAGUUAUUAGUUAUAAAAAUCUGAGCGACUAGUCCUUAAUCGUAUCUUUUACACCUCUAGAAUUAGACGAUGAUGGUUUUCUUCAGUUCAUCCAGUCUUACCUGUUCUUGAUUUUGUUGUGUCUGUUGUUGUUGGGCUUGAAGGAAUGUAAAGAUUGACAUAAAGUCACCAUAUAUAGAGUUCUCCCUCGCUUCGUUUGGCCGGCCUAACUAAACUGCAGAGGUUAAAACUAUUUAUAACUGGCCCAAUUUGAAACCAUAAUCAUUUAUUAAUAUAUAGAGGUUAUUAAUA